AUGAUUGGCUCUUCUCUGUGCUGCUGGGUAACGAUUGGCGCAAUCAUGGUGUGGUCAGCGAACUGUCGACCAAUCAUCAGCCACUCAAGGAAAUCAUCGGCAACUGACCUGUUGUCCCGCCCACUGCUGCGAUUGGCCGAACUGUUCCAGAGCAACGCAAAGCGAGCAGCAGUGGAACAGCGCCCCCUGGACUCUAACCUGCUCCCGGGUCUGUAUUCUGCUCUGGAUUCUGCUCUGGACCAUGCUCUGGACCCUGCUCUGGACCCUGGUCUAGACCCAGCUCAGGACCCUGCUCUGGAGUCUGCUCUGGACUCUGGGCCGGACUCUGGGCCGGACUCUGGGCCGGACUCUGGGCCGGGUCUGGACUUGUCUCUGGACUUGACCUUUGUCCUCCUGCGGGAGGCGCUGCAUAGAGCGGUUUCCGAGCGUUUGGCUCAACAGGCAACGGCCAACAGAGAACUAAUGGACCAGAUCGGAAAAUAA